UCCUUAGGGGGCAUUCGGCAAAGAUAACACAAUAGCAGUAGGCGUCUCUGCGAGCCGACCGUGGCCGUUGGCUCUAAAAAGCCUUAAACCUCUCCACCAUUUUUGACACAAAACACAACCAAGAAUGGGCUCUCUAACGUGGGUCUUCCCGAACCCACACUUUCGCCCGUCGCCGCCGUCUACCCACAACCCUCUCCGGCCGCAAAACAACCUCCGACGCGUUUCUACCGCCGUCAGUUGUCGGAAACCGGAGCCGUCCGCCUCUAGCAACGAUUCCACGUCCUGCUCUCAACCACUCGCCCAGAAAAAGAUAAUCUCUCAGAAGUCUCUUGUUCCCGUAGCUAUGGCGCUCGCUGCUUUAAUGUCCUCCUCUCCCGCUAAUGCUGGAUUUCUGUCGGGCUAUAGUGGGAUAGAAUCAGUUCCUGGUCCAGAGUUACCUCAGAUCGACUUCCUGAAUCGCUGGAAUGAAGCAAAUCAGAAGAAGUAUGCGGAGGCGGAUGCCAGAUUCAAAGAGUCUCCCCUGCUUAAACAGUUGCUCGAGAAGUCCAAGCUAAAUAAAGAGAAAAACCGACAGUCCAUUCAAGACAAGUAUUGCAUCCGAGGAGCUGAGUGGGGCGUCGGGGACUGCUCUACCGAAGGAAUGACACCAGAAGAAAGGGACAACUUCAUUUCCGCGUUGAAGCAGAAGGCGGGAGUAGAAGAAUAGCGACAGCACCAUUAGCACAUCUCCCCGCAACAUUGGAUCUCAACUCGCAACCUCAGGGAUUCCUCUGCGGUUUGACAUGGAAGGUUGCCUUCUAUACCGAGAAUUGUUGUGCAGAAGUAAGAAAAGAAUGGUGAAAAGCAUGUUAAGCCAUCAGGCAAGAUAGGAAUGAAAUGGGUACCCAAAAUGGCAAGCACAAAAAGGAUCCUUAAUUCAUUUUUUUUUUUUUUUUUUUUUUUAUCUAUGUUUUAGAACCAUUGAUGGGUGCUGGAAAUGUAAAGAUUUUCAUGCUUUCAUGUACUGCUUAUUUCAAUUGACACAAAUUAUAGAAUGAAUCAAUAAUCCCAUCAAGUACUAUGUCA